AUGUCCAGCAUGUCUCUUUCCGACUCGGAACUCUCGUCGUUGUCAUCGGCGCCUCCUUCGGAUGAAGAGUCUGGCGCUAUGGCAGUUGACGAGGCUGUGGGUAUCACCAAGUACUUCAAGAAGGAGUCCGAAUCUCCGCCGCCGAAACGGGCUCCCUCGCCACCGCAUGAAUAUGUUCUGGCAGAUAAUCCGCAUGUUGCAUUCAUUGUCAUGUUCCGUUCGCGUUUCCACGAAGUCUUCCCCCGGUCCACGCCACACUUUGGGCCACAGGAUAUCGAGAGGGGUGCUGCUGAGCUCCCACCUGGGGAUCAUAUUGAGAGGCUAUUGUGUGCACUGCUAGGUCUGGUGCUGAAUCGGAAGAAGGACGUUGAUCGAAACCACUACCAACGCCCUUUGGAGGAGGCAAUCCAGACACAUGCUUCCCAAUGGCCUAAGGCUUGGCAGGGAAAGAACCCUCUCCAUGGAGGUCGCACUUUCGCGGUAAUGUCGCCGGAAGAACGCCUGCAACUAUUGAGAUCUCUCAUCCUCUGGUCCCUGUCUUCCUCCGAGGCCAUCCAAGCUAAGAUUAAAGAAUCCUAUAAACAAGCACGUCAUGAAGAUGACCUGAAUCAGCCGCUUUCAGUUCAGCCGUGGGGCCGCGAUGGCUUAAAACGCCGGUAUUGGCUCGUCGAAGGGCUUGACGAUACCCAUUUUCGGCUGUAUCGCGAAAGCAACCCGGCCUUGAAGACUGUAACAUGGUGGAGCGUAGCGGGGACAAUUCCCGAGUUGACGGCUGUUGCAGAUAAGCUGGACGAAGAGAGGAGCACGAAUUCGAAGAAACUCAGUGAGAAGAUCAAGAAUUCCAUUCCCCGGUUCGAGGGGUCCGAGGAGAAACGUAAACGCCGGGACUACCGCAUUGCACGAAAGGCAGCAUUCACUAGACCGGAGCCUGGAUUCUCUCUAUAUGAAGGCCGUACUCGGGGGAAGAAGCUGAAGUACACUUAUUCCGAUGAUGAAGACAUUUUCUCUGAUGGACUGCCGUCCACUCGACGAUCCACACGGAAUACGUCGGGUGUUUCCACACCCCCGGAGCCUUCAGGGCCUAGAUUUACGGCGAGUGGAAGGCAAAUCCGGUCGCGGGCCGGUGGCCUAUAUGGCGAGACGUUGUUGAGUGGUGCACGCGAUGAGGCAGCUCCUUUUGAGGAGGGAACUGGCAGGCCUCAAAGGGCUCGGGCUACUCGAGGGAAUGGAUACAUUGGCCACAGCCUCGAUGAGAUAGACGUUGAAUCAGACGGGGCUCACUCUAGUGGUAAUGAAUGGCAGGCCGGCGAGGAAGAAGAAGAUAACGACUUCGAGGGAGACGAUGAGGAAGAAUUAAGUGGCGAUGAGUCGGUCAUAAAUGGUGAACCCCCAAGUCUUGUGGUGCAGCUCAGAUACACGAGAGGUAAAGCAUCAAGCAGUCCUAGUGGCUCUGCUGGUCAGCCACCAGAAGGAAAUAAGCCAGAAAUGGUGACUGAACCUGGAAACCAUGCCGAACUCCCGCGACUAUCUGAAUCACAACGACCCGGGGUCAAUGGGCUUCCAGUUGCAGCAGAGGAAACCCCGCCAGCAUCGGCACCGGAUGUGAAGGAGCCAGCCAUCGUUUCGCCUGGCGAGCCUCCUUCUCAAGAGCGAAGGGCUGAGCCGCCGAAUGGUACAGAUGCUCCCGUUCGGGAGAAUACAGAGGUCGCUCAGGCUACACCUGGCCUCGACCUGUCUACCAACCCGCCCGCCCCUUUCCCUGGUCCGAGCGAAGCAGCUUGA